ACAAACAAUAAACUUAACAAAUAAAGUAUCAAAAGGCGUUUCACAUAAAAGGCAAAUCCUUUGGAGCAAAGAGAGAAGAGGAAUUUAAGAAGAGAGAAAAACCCUAACCUUUCUUUUCCAUCAAUGGCGGAUUCGGAUAAACUAGAGAGUGGAGGAGCCGCUGCAAUGGGCGACAUUGGAAAAGACGGCGGCGGCGCAGCGGUGGAAGAGAGGGAGGUGCUAGCGGAAUUGGAAGGAAUAUCUGUGUUGGAUUUCGAUCUGCUUUGCUCGACGGUUGCGCUUCAGACGCAGGGGAAAUGGAGGAAACUCGAGAGCUCAGAUGGAGAAGAUGCGGCGGAUGAUGAAUAUGCCGGCGGCGUUUUACGACUCUGGGAAGGCGAUGUUAUGGAUUGCUUCGAGGAUCGUCAUCUCUGCAUCGAAUCCGCUUGCUGUCCAUGCUACAGAUUCGGGAAAAACAUGAAUAGGACUGGUUUUGGUUCAUGCUUUCUUCAGGGUGCUGUUCAUAUGAUUCUUAUUGCCGGCGCCAUUUUCAACGUUGCAGCUUUUGCUGUAACCAAGAGGCACUGCUUUCUCUACCUGGCUAUUGCUUUCGUGAUUUUGAUUGCAUCCUACUUGGGUUUCUUCCGCAUGCAGAUAAGAAGGAAGUUUAACAUUAGAGGCACUGAUAGUUUCUUUGACGACUGCAUCCACCAUCUUAUCUUCCCAUUUUGUACAUUAACUCAGGAAUCAAAAACACUGGAGAUGAACAAUGUUCAUGACGGUAUCUGGCAUGGUCGAGGAGACACACUAUGCAUAGGCGGCUAUCCCGAAGGAAAAGCUUUUCUCGAGCUACAUUCGCCUCCAGCCAUUGUAUCAACAAUGUUAUCUGAACCCUAACAACACCAUUUAAACUGAAACCAAACUCGAAGCCUCCCAUAUCCAUAGGUGUUGGUGUCAGCAUCCGCUGAUGGUGAUUGGUUCAUUAAACCAUUGAAACAGAAUCAUGUUAGAAGAAGAAAACUUUCAUGUUUGUUUUCGAAACUGUUAUAUAUAGCAAACAUGGAAGUUCGAUUUGAAAGCCAUUUUAGGUUUUAAAAGGAGAAACGUUUAGAAGCCAUCUGUAUGCUAGCUAUGUGAAUACAGCCACCUAUUUGUACGAUAAUGCAUUUGAUGAUGACGAACACAUAAAAUUGUUGUAAUCUAUACACAAAGAGUUGGGAUA